AUGGCUCCUGCUCAGCCUGAGGCCUUCAAGAAGGAGGCUGACAUUAAUUGUUCAGAGUCAAUUCGAAACGGAGAAGUUGACCUUCGAGGUGCUUCUAUCAACAACGGUACAGUCGACCAAAUGGUGGCCCUUGAACUGGCAAUCAAUCAUCGACGCCUGAAUGCACGACAAAUACAGCUCACCAGUAUUGCCGGAUCAAUUGGAGCAGCUCUGUUCGUUGCUAUUGGAUCUGGUUUGACCGGUGGCCCUCUUGCCCUUCUUCUUGCAUUCCUCUUUUGGGCAACUGUUGUCUUCAGUGUCGCCAAGUGCCAAUACGAAAUCGUCACCCAGUAUCCUCUCGAUGGCUCAUUUAUCCGUCUGGCAGGCCAUAUGGUUGACCCAGCCUUGGGUGUGGCUUUUGCUCAAACGUCCUACGUAAUCUUUGAGUGCACAAUUAUCAACUCGCUUGUCCAAGUUUGGGGUUAUGAUCAGUCUCCAGCUAUCCUCAUUACGAUUUCUAUUGUGCUCUAUAUGGCCAUCAACAUAUAUCUUUGGCUGGCUCUCGGCAAGAUUCUGUUGGCAGCUGGACUGCUGCUAUUCACUUUCGUUGCUAUGCUAGGCGGAAACCCCCUGAACGACCGAUUUGGAUUCAGGCACUGGAAAGAUCCCGGCCCAUGGAAAGGCGAGACUGCCGGGGAGCAACUGAUGUCUUUCGUCAAUGGAGUCAAUGUUGCUGGGUUCGUCAUGGCUGGCCCAGAGUACAUCUCAAUGAUCGCGGGAGAGGCUAAAGACCCUCGGCGCACCAUUCCCCGAGCUUUCAACACCAUCAUGUACCGUCUAGUCUUUUUCUUCAUUGGAGGAGCGCUUGCUGUUGGAAUUCUCGUUCCCUAUAACGACCAGACCCUGACCGGAGGAGCUGACACCUACGCUGGUGCUUCACCCUAUGUGAUUGCAGCGGUUAGGCUUAAAAUUCCGGUUCUGCCUUCAAUCAUUACUGCUGCCCUCAUUACCAGCAUCGUCUCCGCUGGAAAUGCGUAUACCUUUAACGCCUCUCGCAGUCUGCACGCUCUGGCACUUGAGGGACAAGCACCUAAGUUCCUCCGGAAACUCAACAAGCAUGGUGUUCCUUAUAUGGCCGUUAUCGUUGUCAUGGUUCUGGCCUGUUUGUCAUAUCUGGCGCUUAGUUCAGGAACUGCCAAGGUUUUGAACUGGAUUUUGAAUUUUUGUACCGCAGCCACAAUGCUCAAUUGGGCCGUCAUGUCAUUCACAUACAUUCGCUUCCACCACGCAAUGAAAGCGCAGAACAUUGACAAGAAGUCAUUUCUACCUGUUGUGUCACGACUACAGCCGUAUGCUGGAUACUGGGCAUUCUUCUGGUCCUUCUUCUUUCUCUGGGUCCAAGGCUAUGCCGUUUUUCUGGAUGGCAAAUGGGAAGUCGCUACAUUUGUUUUCAACUAUGGGAUUAUAGGACUGGCUACUGUCAUCGCGAUUUUCUGGAAGAUCUUCAAGCACACAAAGUGGCACAAGUCCAAGGAUGUUGACCUGCACAGCGGCCUGGAUUUCUUCGAGGCUUUGGAUGAACACUACCGCCAAGAACGGGAGAACAACCCUCCUUCUAAGUUCGGUAGAGCUCUAGAAAAGAUGUUUUAA